AAUCAGUUAAGGAAGUCAUGAUUUCCUGGUUUGCAGUCUGGUACCUAUGUGAAAACAGACAAAUGAUAAUUCAAUCUAUCAAUAGGGCUGUUGUUGGGUUUUUUUUGCAACCUUUAUAUCAAGUUUCAUGACUUGCUUGAUUAAAGGUAGGGUAUCUCUAGCCCACACAUUCUUAUGCAAGGCAUUUGCACAACCUUCUCAAGUUCCUUUUGUGUAAUUGGAAUUGUUUUUGUUAGUGUCAGCAUUUGAUAUAUCUGCAUUUACCAUCAUACUUCAGCUGUCCUGUAACUGUCUCUUUUAGGAAAAGGUUCAAGAAGGCCCAAGCCCAGCAAGGAUUAGAUUCCAAUUGCAGCUGGAAGGAAGUCUAUGUAGGAUGAGACAGGAAGCGAUUGUUCAUUAUUUUCUUGCAUGCAUUGCCUUUCUCUGUCUAGGAAGAGGCAAAUAAACAUUUCUUCUCUGAUCUCCUGGCAGAGAAAACAGUUUUGGACAUAGCUUGUGUCCACUUACAGGGCUACCUGGAAAUUGGAUUAGUUCUCCAACUUGCACUAAUUUGACUCUAAUGUAAUGAAUUCUGCUAUCAUUUGAUAAUUUAAUCUGAAUGAAUUUUUUCCUAAUGAAUGUAGGUGCCUUCUGAUAGGCUACAUAGUGUAAGAGGAAUAAUCUCAAUAUUGAAUGCUUUAUUGAAUUGAACUUAUUGAAUUGCUCAUGCAAAGGAUUUCUCACUCUAAACAUAAAGAAGUUGAAGCAGAAAAACUAAGUUUUAUUGUUAUUUUAGAGAGGGGGUAAUAGUUUUAAUAAACAUGUCUUCCUUCCAAAUAAAGCACUUACUCUUCUUUUAUUUUCUAGAGAAUAUAUGCCAACAUUGGAAGAGUUUUUUGAAGAAGCUAUAGAACAGGCAGAUCCUGAAAACAUGGUUGAUAAAGAAUUUAAGGUCCAGAAGUUCAACGGGAUAAGCUUGUAACAGGAGAACAAAUAGAAUUAUUUGCUAAUAGACUUGGUGAAUAUUGGAAAGUCCUGGCUCCAUACUUGGAAAUGAAAGACUGUGAUAUAAGGCAGAUUGAAUCAGAUAGUGAAGAUCUGAAGAUGAGAGCUAAGCAGUUGCUUGUUACCUGGCAAGAUCAAGAAGGAAUCCACGCUACUGUGGAAAAUUUGAUUACAGCAUUGAACAAAGCUGGGCUGAAUGACCUUUCUGAAAGCUUAACCAAUGACAGUGAAAACAGUAGCUAAUUUGAAAAUGGCUUUUUAUUUAAAACAAUGGCUAUUGUUCCUGAAUGUAAUAUUUGAUAGAGCAGUUUAAUUUGAUGAACAAUAAAUCUUUUAAUAACAUAAUUGUCUAAAAUUCUGCAAAGAAUUAGUACUAAACAAACAUUCCUUUGAAAUCCUGAAGAUGUGGAAAAGUAGAAAAAUAUAUUUGUGUGUGUGCUAUAAAUUCUUUAAUAUAACUCAGAGUAUUUUAAGGGGUCAAUCUCAAAUUUCUUUAUUGAAAAAACUGCCAAAGGGAAUUGCUGUUUGUUUGCUAACAAGCUUUGUAUAUAGAAAACCAACAAGGACUACGUUACAGUUAGGCUACAAUACAAUAGCAGAGUUGGAAGGGACCUUGAAGGUC